UUCCGCGUAUAUAGUUGCUUCCGUUGGUACUGACGACAAUAGCGCAGCGUAAUUAUACGCGUGCGUCUGGCUGUCAGCUGUAUGUUUUGUCGUGGUAAUAGUUUGUUUAUAUCUUGAAUUCUUUGGUGUUGUACGUAAGCGAAAUAAGUUCUGGUGGGUUAUGUGUUACGUAAAAGGUAAACCUUGCGUUGAGUCUUUUUGGUGAUCCUCGAGUUGAAGAAAGUGCGUAACAGUGAAUUGAAAAUACCGUAAGAAGAAUGUCUUGGUUGGAGCCGCCGUCGCAGCAGUGGUUACCGGAAGAGGCGGAGCCGCCGCUGCUGGAGGAACUGGGCGUCGACACGGCGCUCAUCGCGCACAAGGCCCUGGCCGUGCUGCACCCCGGGGCCGGGCUGGCAGAGGCAGCUCUCACCGCGGAGCUCGCCGGCCCGCUCGCCUUCUGCCUGGCGAUGGCAGGGUGCGUGCUGCUGGGGGGAGGGGGCGCCUCGGCGCGCCUCGACGUCAUGUACGGACUGGUGGUGGCGGGCUGCUGUGGCGUGUACGCGCUGCUGAGACUCAUGGGGCGUGCCCCGCCGCCCGUCGCGGCCGUGGUGUCCGCGCUGGGCUACUGCCUGCCUCCGCUGGUGGCGCUGUGCGGCCUGGGCACGCUGGUGCCCCUGCGCGGGCCCGUGGGCGUGCUGCUGGCCCCGCUCGCCGUGGCCUGGAGCAGCUGGGGCGCGGCGCGCCAGCUGGCGACCAUCGCCGGCGAGCCCGCGCAGACCGCGCUGUUCGCCUACCCGUGCGCCAUUCUCUACGCCGUGUUGCUGCUCGUCGCCGUGUUCUAGUCCUUCACCUAUGGCUUUGUAUGUACACAUCGUGUGUUAGUGUCCAUCAGAACAGUUACUCUCGUGCAGGAAACAGCUAAGAUGAUGGCAAGAAUAAUGUAUUCUCGAACCGAGCUGCUUUGACUAUGUCUUUAAAUAAAAUAAAAAAAUAAUAAUAAUUUUUUUUCCUAGGGAUUUCAAAUACAACAGUUCUGUAACUUAGUUUACACGGAACCAAAAUAAUAACCUUUCCUUCUCCAUAGACAAUUUAAAUACUACUUAUUUUUUAUAUUGUUUUACUAAGUGCAUCAUUGUGAAGCUUACCGUGUGUGGGUGGUUUGUUCAACCGUAACAGAGGCUUGACACAAGUUGGCAAAUAAUAAGAAAUAAUGACUUUAUUGUACGUCAGUGAUAUCAAUGUGUGUAUUUAUAUCAAGUUAAUAUUAUAAUAAAAUUAUAACUACAA